UUUGUUGACAACGAGGCAGCCGCAGUGUAGCGUCACUGUUAGCUGUUAGCGGUUAGCUGCAGAGGAUCCAAACACUGCUCGGUGUCUCGGGCCGGACUCUCGAGUGGACGAGUCUCCUGGAGAAAUCGAGCAACAUGCACCUGAAGCACCUGAAGACGCUGCUCACUCCGCAGGAGGGGGCUGCCAAGGUGACGUGCAUGGCCUGGGCGCCGAACAACAGCAAGUUAGCCGUGUGCACGGUGGACAGGGUGGUGCUGCUCUAUGAUGAGCACGGAGAGAGAAGAGACAAGUUCUCCACCAAACCUGUGGACUCCAAGUACGGGAAACAAAGCUAUGUCGUCAAUGACAUGGUGUUUUCACCGGACUCCACCAAAAUCGCCAUCGCUCAGUCCGACAACAUCAUCUUCGUCUACAGGAUCGGAGAGGAUUGGGGGGACAAGAAAGCCAUUUGCCACAAGUUUGUUCAGACAAGUGCUGUGACCUGUCUGCUGUGGCCUGCAGAACAUGUCAUAGUUUAUGGUUUGACUGAUGGAAAGGUGAGUCA